AUGGAACCUGAGAUCGAAAAGCAGGGAGCAUGUUCUUCUCUGCAGACGAGUGUAACAGUGACACAUGACGAAUCUGGAGCCGAAAGACCCUUCCCGGAUAAACGCGAGUCGAGAUAUCAACGAUGGACGAGGAGCAUAAAAGGGCUCGAGACCCGAGGCAUCGAGCCGGUACCGCUGGAGGAACGAAUGAAGAACACCAAGUUUACAUCGUUCGAGAUGUUCCUCACGUGGCUGAGCAUGGGGAUGGCAAUGAAUAACACGAUCACCGGAUCGCUAGGAACGCUGGUCAUGAAGCUGAGCUUCACCGAUUGUGCGCUGUGUGUGAUAUUCAGCACCCUACUGGGGAGUCUGGCGAUUGGAUAUAUGAGUAUCUGGGGUCCGCAAAGUGGGAAUCGCACACUGAUCGUGUCCCGGUUCUUCAUGGGGUAUUACCCCACUAAAGUAUGCUGCGUAUUGAAUGUGCUCUCAUGUUUGGGCACCGGGAUGAUGAGCGCGACGGUAGGAGGCCAACUACUAUCCAAGCUAUCAGGCGGGGGUGUAUCAGUGAUCGUUGGAAUCGUCAUCGUAGCAUUGGCGAGUUGGACGAUGGCCACCUUCGGGAUGCAGAUCUUCCAGUACUAUGAGAGGUAUGCAUGGUUCCCACAGUUGAUCGUCUUUUCGCUCCUCACCGGGUCGGCCGGCCCUCAGUUCGACUUCGACAGCCCGUCAGUCGGAACGACCACGCAGAUCAACGCGAAACGGCUGGCGUUCUUCUCGCUCUGUCUAUCGAUUCCCCUGUCGUGGGUGCCCGUCGCGGCCGACUAUCACGUGUACUACUCGCCGGAUAUCAAGCGAUGGAAGAUCUGGACAGUCACGACCAUCGGCGCCAGCCUCGCGUUCAUCGUGACCUUGCUUCUGGGUGCGGGUCUGGGUAGUGGGGUGGCACACAGUGCCCGGUGGAGGUCGAUCUACGACGGUACGCCGGGAAGCCUGCUGAUGGCCGGGUACGAUCGACUGGGGCCCCUGGGGAGGCUGUGUGCCGUGAUCAACGUCCUGACGAUCGUCUCCAACAACGCGCCAGCGUCGUACUCGACGGGGAUGAAUUUCCAGAUGCUGGGCAAUGUCUGGCGCAGAUUCCCGCGCCCCGUCUACACCACCGCCAGCACGUUGGUGUACGCCUCGUGUGCCAUCGGCGGUCGAGACUCCCUGUACGACAUCUUCCGCAGCGUGAUGCCGCUGAUCGGAUACUGGGCGGUGAUCUGGUUCACAAUCGUGGCGCAAGAGGACCUCCUCUUCAAUCGCGGCCGGGGCUAUGACUGGGACGCGUGGAACGAUCGACUCAGACUUCCCGUGGGCAUUGCGGCCAGUAUCGCUUUUCUCGUCGGUUGGAUAGGAGCUAUUGUUGGCAUGGAUCAAGCUUAUUUUACAGGCCCCGUGGCGGCAGCGAUUGCGGAGGGAUGCGAUUUGGGGAUUUGGCUAGGGAUGGGCCUUACCGCCUUGGCUUUCCCGCCUUUGAGACUGCUGGAGAUCAGGUUCAUGGGCCGCUGA